UGGCAUCUACGGAAUGGAGAAACGUAGGGAUGUGGAGAAGCUUUAUAAAAGUUGAAGUGGUCUUGAAAAAGCAGCGCUUAAUUUCGCGUGACACUGCAAAGACCAGAAGUGCGCAAUUACAUUUACACAAAAACAUAAAUUAAAAACAGCCACGAUGGAACACAAGAACGCGUUUUGUGUGAACACCUAUGUUGUCUAGGUAGGACGAUCAUUCGGUUUCGAGACGCAGCCACUGAACAGGCGCACCAGCUGCAGGAAGUAUCGACACAAACUCGGGCUGUAUUAGGGAUGCUGUCCAAAACAUAACCUCAAGCUGCCUGUGCUCCACUAAAGAGAAAGGAGGUUUGGAUUCAAGCUAAGCUUCAGUGUUUAUUUUAGAUAUACAUGUUGUGCUGACCUGGGAUCACAGCCCGUCUCCUCAGAAUGGAGAUAGCUGUAGCCAAAAUCCUCUGCCUGUUGGGGGUCUUUGCCCUCAUGUUGGGGGGGAUCCUUAUCCCUGUACGGGUGAUGCAGACAGAGUUUGAUAAAGUCACAAGGUACAGAAAAGUGGUUGCAUUCAGCAAUUCUUUUGGUGGAGGUGUAUUCUUGGCUACCUGCUUCAAUGCCCUUCUACCAGCGGUUAGAGAUAAGGUUGAGGAAGUUCUGCAAAUGGUAAAUAUCACCACAGACUACCCACUGGCAGAGACAAUGAUGAUGCUUGGGUUUUUCCUCACAGUAUUCGUCGAACAGGCUGUACUGACUUUCCGCAAAGAGAAGCCCUCAUUUAUUGACUUGGAGACAUUUAACGCUUGUGGCUCGGAGGCAGGGAGUGACUCUGAGUAUGAUACUCCUUUCAUUGAACCCCCUCGAGGUACAGCUGGAGCCCACCAGCACCAUUCUCAUCACCACGGACACUUUAGCCCUACAGAACUGACACGUGCUGGGCUGUUGAGGUUGGCUAGUCUUGUGCUGGCACUUUCCGCUCACUCUGUCUUUGAGGGUCUUGCUCUUGGCCUACAGGAAGAUGGGUCUAAGCUCGGAAGCCUCUUCAUUGGAGUGGCCAUCCACGAGACGCUGGCAGCCGUGGCAUUAGGGGUUAGUGUAGCCAAGGCAGGAGUGCCCCUACGGGAUGCCAGUAAGCUGGGCAUAACAGUAAGCCUAAUGAUCCCUCUGGGCAUUGGUAUUGGCAUGGGUAUUGAGACGGCCCAGAACUUGGCAGGAAGUAUUAUCUCUGUUGUGCUCCAGGGCCUGGCAGCUGGCACAUUCCUCUUCAUAACGUUCUUUGAGAUCCUCUCACGAGAGCUGGAGGAUAAACAUGACAGGCUUCUGAAGGUGAUGUUCCUGAUCAUGGGCUAUGGUAUACUAGCAGGUCUCAUCUUUAUCAAAUGGUGAAAGGGUUCAGAAGUUUGAGUUAAACAUGCCAACCAUUAUAAACAACAGGUUCAGGAAAUCUACUGUAAAAUUAAUAAUAUUUUUUUAUUGCCUCAAUUACCAUUUAUUCCCAAACUGUCUUACAUUGGAGAAAACUGCUUUAGAAUUUAUAGUAUUUUAACAGAUGUACCCAGAACUUGUUGCCACUUAUUUUAUUAUUUUUAAAUUUUUUUACCCAUCUUUUGUGUAAAUGUUUAAUUUUUAAUGAUUUGCUUUUAGAUACUGUUAGCCGAAUAUAAAUGUAUUAUGAGAGUGAGCAAAAAUCUAAAAGAAAAGAUGCAGCCAAAUGAAAAAAAUAUUAUUGAGAACUUUUUGUUGAAGUUAGUUAAAAUUGUUUACAAUUGAAUUCAAUGUAGAUGAUUCCUCAGAAUUCAGUACAACUCCCAGAGAUUAGUUACUUGACAGAAUAUCUUAACUGUGGAAAAAUACUAAUAAAAUUGGACAGAGCUUUAAA